AGUCUAUAAUUAUGAAAAGUCGUGAUAAAGCAAUGCAUGGAAGAAGUACAGGUCGUCAUCGUCGGCGGAGGCCCUGCCGGAAUAGCAGCCUCUGCGUGCCUCAACAGGCUCGACAUCUGCAACGUCGUUUUAGAAGGAGAGGACUGCCACGCGCCUCUAUGGCGGAAAAGAACAUACGAUCGCGUCAAGCUCCACUUGGCAAAAGAAUUCUGUGGCCUUCCUUACAUGCCCUUUCCUCCCCACACGCCCACCUUCGUCCCCAGGGUUGCUUUCAUGCGUUACCUCGAUGAUUAUGUCCACAAUUUAGAUGUCAAAACAAAAUGCAAUCGCUUCGUAGAGUCGGCCUCCAUCAUUGAUGAAAAUAAUGCCAGGUGGAAGGUCGUCGCGAGGAACAUAUUGUCCGAUGCUACUGAGGUUUAUAUUAGCAAGUUUUUGGUGGUAGCAACCGGCGAGAACAAUGAAGGGUAUAUUCCCGACGUGCCAGGGCUGAGUAACUUUGAAGGACAAUACAUGCACAGUAGUGAGUAUUUGAAUGGGAGAGACUUGUAUGAUAAGAAUGUGUUGGUGGUAGGGUGCGGCAAUUCAGGAAUGGAGAUCGCUUAUGAUCUCACCACCUGGGGCGCUAAUGCAUCUAUUGUCGUGAGAAGCCCAGUGCAUAUUGUGACUAAGGAAAUGAUAUACAUCGGAAUGCGCAUGCACAAGUUCUUUUCGGUGAAAAUUGUGGAUAAAAUGGUGGUGCUCAUGAGCAAGAUCAGGUUUGGAAAUUUGUCCCGGUAUGGGAUUCGUAGACCCAGGGAGGUACCCUUCUCUCUCAAAUCAUCAACGGGCCGUUCUCCGACCAUAGAUGUGGGUUGCGUGGACGUAAUCAAGAAAGGCAUAAUAACGGUUUUUCCAGGCAUCAGAGACAUCCGGAACAAAGUAGUUGAAUUUGAUGACGGAAGACGGCGUCAAAUUGACGUUAUCAUAUUUGCUACAGGAUACAAAAGCAAUGUGUUGAAUUGGCUCAAGGACUACGAAAGCUUGUUCAAGGAGAAUGGAAUGCCUAAACGAAGAUAUCCAGAUCACUGGAGAGCAGAAAAUGGACUCUACUGCGCUGGAUUUGGGAGUCGUGGCUUGCAAGGAAUUUCUGACGAUGCCAAACAAAUAGCAAAUGACAUCAAUUUUUCUUUCAAUCAUCAACAAAUGCAUUGUGCUGUCCCUGUUAAUUAGCGAACUUGAGUCUUAUGUAUGCAUGCAUGCAUGCAGUUUGAGUUUUUCUACUUUUUUUUAUUUUUAAUCUGGAUAUCGAAAGCUA